AUGGCAUCACCGUCCGAUUCAACCGGAGACGACAUCGCCGGAUUCUCAGUUAACCCUCCGGCGUCUAGCCGUGUUACUUCUGUCUACAGCGAAGUCCAAGCGAGUCGUAUCGACCACUCGCUUCCUCUUCCUUCCGUCUUUAAAACCCCCUUUAAGAUCGUCGAUGGUCCACCGAGCUCCGCCGCCGGGCAUCCAGAGGAAAUUGCGAAAUUAUUCCCAAACCUGUUUGGACAACCAUCGGCUUUAUUGGUUCCUAACGAAUCUGAUAAUGCAAUUACAUCGGACCAAAAGCUUAAAAUUGGUGUUGUGCUGUCUGGUGGUCAAGCUCCUGGAGGACACAAUGUUAUUUGUGGAAUUUUCGAUUAUUUGCAGGAAUAUGCGAAAGGAAGUAGUCUGUUUGGUUUUCGUGGUGGUCCAGCUGGAAUCAUGAAGGGCAAAUAUGUUGAGCUUACUUCUGAUUUUGUGCACCCUUACAGAAACCAGGGUGGAUUUGAUAUGAUAUGCAGUGGAAGAGACAAGAUUGAAACUCCAGAGCAGUUUAAACAAGCUGAAGAGACAGUAACAAAAAUGGACUUAGAUGGUCUUGUGGUUAUUGGUGGAGAUGACUCCAAUACUAAUGCUUGUCUUCUCGCUGAACACUUCAGAGUCAAGAACAUGAAAACUCUGGUUAUUGGAUGUCCCAAGACAAUCGAUGGAGAUUUGAAGAGCAAAGAAGUCCCCACAAGUUUCGGGUUUGAUACUGCUUGCAAGAUAUACUCAGAGAUGAUUGGAAAUGUUAUGAUCGAUGCACGUUCCACGGGAAAAUACUAUCACUUUGUGCGUCUAAUGGGGCGUGCUGCUUCUCAUAUUACACUUGAAUGCGCUUUGCAAACACAUCCAAACAUUACCAUUAUUGGAGAAGAGGUUUCAGAGAAGAAGCUGACGUUGAAAAACGUUACGGAUUACAUUGUUGACGUGAUCUGUAAACGCGCUGAAGAUGGUUAUAACUACGGUGUGGUUCUUGUUCCUGAAGGUCUAAUUGAUUUUAUCCCUGAGAUCCAAGAGCUUAUUUCAGAACUUAACGAAAUACUAGCCCAAGGAACCGUCGAUGAAGAAGGUCAAUGGAAGAAGAAUCUUAAAGAAGAGACUCUAAAGCUUUUUGAGUCUCUUCCUAGAACAAUUCAAGAACAACUUAUGCUUGAGAGAGAUCCACAUGGAAAUGUCCAGGUGGCUAAAAUAGAGACAGAGAAAAUGCUGAUUCAAAUGGUUGAAACCGAGCUUGACAGAAAGAAGAAGGACGGUACAUACAAGCGCGAAUUCAUGGGACAAUCACACUUCUUUGGGUAUGAGGGAAGAUGUGGAUUACCUACGAAUUUCGAUGCAACGUACUGUUACGCAUUAGGUUACGGUGCUGGAUCACUUCUCCAGAGCGGGAAGACCGGACUCAUUUCCUCGGUUGGGAAUUUAGCUGCUCCUGUUGAAGAAUGGACUGUUGGUGGUACACCGCUAACUUCAUUGAUGGAUGUUGAGAGAAGACAUGGUAAAUUUAAGCCGGUUAUCAAGAAAGCUAUGGUUGAACUUGAAGGCGCACCGUUUAAGAAAUUUGCGUCACAGAGGAAAGAAUGGGCGUUGAAGAAUCGAUACAUUAGUCCUGGUCCAAUUCAGUUUAAGGGACCAGGAUCUGAUGCGAUAAACCACACCUUACUGCUUGAACUUGGGGCUCAAGCGUAA